AUGGCCGCCGGCCAGCAGGCAGUAUGGAGGCUGCAGACAGGCAACGUUGUUCUGAAGCUCGAGCAGGCACCUGUGCAGCCAGGCCAGCCACAGCAAGAGGCGGCCCCGGCGCACCACUAUCAGCAGCAGCAGCAGCAGGACUUUGCCCACUCGCCACCGGGCUGUGCGCCGGGCGCGGCGCCCCCGCGCCAGCUAGUCGGGCAGCGCGACUUGCUCGUGGCACCGCAGCCGCUGGCCGACCUGGCGACCGUGAUUGCGGACGCGGCAGCCGCCAACGACACCAGGCUUGAGCGUGUCGCACGCAUGCUCACACGCCACCGCGCCGCCGCGGCCGCCGCCUCCCCUGCGGGCGCCACCUCGGGGGCUGCCGAGGCACGCGCCGCGUAUGCUGUCGCCCUCCGAGAAGCAGCGCUGGACGCCGCGCACCGCUCCGACGCCCUUCUCGCCCGCGCCCGCGAGCAGGGCGGGGCUGCCGCCGCCGCCGCCGAGGCGCCGCGGCCGCGACCCGCGCCGCCGCCAGCCGGCACGCCGUCCGGGGCGCCGUCAUCGGUGGCGGCCAGCAUGAUAGCUGAGGCGCUGUUGGCAGUUAAAGACGCGGCUGCGGUCAAGGGCGGGGAGCCGGUGGUCGUCCCAUGCAUGGCAUCGGCUGACCCUACGCAGCCCACAACGCUGCCGCCAGGUCAGCGCAUGCUGAUCGCAGCCAACCUCCGCAGUAGCGAGGCGGUGGCCCCCAAUUUCAUGAUCCAGGUGCUGACGCUCGCGCUCUCGCAGCAGGGGCUGCAGGGCGUUGGCGGUGGCGGCGGCAACAGCAGCAGCAGCAGCAGCCGCAACAUUAGCAGCAGCGGCGCCAGGAGCAGCGGCAGCGCCGGCGGCGAUCCUCAGGGCGGGCGCAGCCGAGUGUUUGUGGCUGUGUACGAAAGCGGGAGCCAGGCGGGCGACAAAACUGGCCGCUGGCUGACGCUGCUGCGCAUGCUGCUGGAGCCCAUCGGCGUGCCAUGCAACAUCACUGCAGGCGGCAGUCUCACCCGGCAGCAGGGGCAGGAACGGAUCGAGUUUCUUGCGGCAGCCCGCAACGCCCUCCUGCCGCCCGUCGGCCCGCAGCCGCUAGCGGCUGGCAUCAAGGGCUCUGCUGCGCAAGCGGCGGUGGCGACACAAGAGGGGGAUAUGAAUCAAGAGGUGUUCGCCGCCUCUGACGUCCUGUUCGUCAAUGACGUCUUCUUCUGCGCCGCCGACGCGCUGCGCCUGCUGUGGCUGGACGCGGACUUUGUCUCGGCCCUGGAUUUCGGCCACGUGGACAACAACCGCAACCCGGGGCACGGCGCCGGCCGGCGGCGCCUGGUGCAGCACGACGACUUGCAGGGCGGCAGCGGCAGCGAUGCGGCGCCAGCCGCCGCUGCGGCGCCAGCUGCAAGGGGUCACCUGCAGCACAGCCGCCGGGUGCUGCAGCGUGCGGCCCACGCCGCCCCCGCGGAAGCCGGCGGGGCUGGCGCUGCCGGCGGGGCACGGCGCCGUUUGGCAGGUUCAACGACGCCGCAGCGGCUGAACUUCGCUCGCAUGCUGGACAUCGCCGCGGCGCAGGGCAGCAAUAGGACGUCGGAGGCGUUUGUGCGCUUUCCCAUGUAUGAUGUGUGGGUGAUGAGGGACGCGUCGGGCCACCGCCUGCGCUGGACCCCGCCCUAUGGCAGCACACGCGCCACCACCCGCGCGCUCGCGCGCGGCGCGCCGUUCCCAGUCUACUGCGGCUGGGGUGGCAUGGCGCGCGUGGGGGCGCAGCCGUUUGCGGAUGGGCUGCGAUUCAGGAAGCAUCUGGAUGGGGAGUGCAUGGCGAGCCUUUUAUGCGACGACCUGCAUCGCCUCGGCUACCGCCGCACCCUCAUGGACCCCGGAUCGCGCACAACCUACGACAUGCCCACCGCCUGGGCGCUGCAUGCGCGCGCAUUCGACCUGGUCAACAUCUCCGGCCUGGGCAAGAUGCCCUGGGUGCACGUCGCGGCCCUGGGCCGCGCCACCGGCGGCCCUGCAGGCGCUGAGGGCCCGGCCUCUGCGCUCGCGACCGCCGGCGUGGACUGGGGGGCGGCGUCCAGCAUACCCUUGUACGGCGAGGUCGACUGCUGCUCCAAGGGGGAGGAUGCGGCCCAGGAUUUCGUGGCGUUCGAGGCGUGCCGCCCGGUGGACGUGAUGGGCCGCAACUACACUCGGUCAUUCUUUUCGCAGUGCCGGCUGGAGGGCCAGCACGCAGCCGGCGGCGGCGACGGCGGCGGCCAGCAGCACGCCGCCUCGCGCGCGCCGGGCGGCGCGGCCAGCCGCAGCCUGGCGGCAGCCCCAGUCGCGGCGCCGGCGAGCCCGCAUGAGCGGCAGCAGGGGAGGCGGCAGCUGGCGGCGGCAGCGGAUGCGGGUGCGGCGGCUGGAGAGGGGGCGUCGCGGUCGGGGCUGCAGUACCUGACGUCGCGCGAGCGCCACCCAGACGGCGCGUGGCACUCGCACAAAUACACCUCCUGCCCCCCUUAG